AUGAGUGGUAAUGGGCUCAAAAGACCAGGCGAGUCUGAAUCGCGCGAUUCAGAAACCUUGGAGAAGCGUCUUAAGCCGCAAUCCUUCGAUCACAGUGCUUUAAGUGAACCUGUCUCGGGCAUCGAAAUAAUUCCAACAGACAAGUUUAGCAAGCAACAAACGCAAGGAUUCAUCCCAAAAGGUGCAGUGAAUGGAUCGCAGCCUGUUAAUCCAUCUGCUUUCGAGCAGGAAUUGUUGCAUAUGGAUCAUGAAGCCGUAGUGGCUCAAGAACACGGCAAAAAUUCAGCAUGGGCACGUAAACCACUUCCCGAGGACUUUUCGCCAGAAACGCAUUCUAUUUCUUUCCAACAACUUGAUGCCGAGCAGUGUCUUCUGCCUGGUGUGAGAGUCAACAACACUUCUCAUGCAGUUCGAUUUUUCGGAGUGACUGAUGAAGGCCACUCGGUGCUCUGUAGUGUCACUGGAUUCAGACAUUACCUGUACGUUCCAGCACCUGCUGGCUUUACAAAACAAGAUAUCGACACUUUCCAGGACUAUUUGAAUAAUUCAUACGAUAACGUAGUGGAUGAAAUAGAGAUUACAAUGCGCCAGUCUAUUUGGGGGUACUCAGGAACAGCUAAGCUGCCGUUUCUAAAAAUUUAUGCCACAAAUCCUGCUGGUAUCAAUAAGAUAAGAACCGGGUUCGAACGUGGCCAUAUCGCAUACAAUGAUACUUGGUUUACAGGUGGCACAUCGACCUACGAUAACAUUGCAUUCCCAUUGAGGGUCAUGAUAGAUUGCGGAAUCACAGGUAUGUCUUGGAUAACUCUGCCAAAGGGCAAAUACAGCCUGCUUGCAGAGAAAGAAAAAGUGAGUACGUGUCAACUGGAAGUGAUGGUAAAUUUUAAAGAUUUGAUUGCACGUCCUGCUGAUGGCGAAUGGUCACAUUCUGCCCCACUUAGAAUCCUUUCUUUCGAUAUUGAAUGUUCUGGUAGAGUGGGUGUUUUUCCAGAGGCUGAAAUUGAUCCCGUUAUCCAGAUUGCAAACGUGGUAAGUAUUGCUGGUGCAUCGAAAUCAUUUAUUCGAAACGUCUUUACCGUGAAUACCUGUUCACCCAUCACAGGUUCUCAAAUUUUCGAUCACAGAACUGAAAAUGAUAUGCUCAAGCAAUGGCGGAAAUUUGUAGUCGAAGUUGACCCAGACGUCUUCGUUGGAUACAAUACUACAAACUUCGAUUUACCUUACUUGUUAGGUCGCGGUAAGGCGCUGAAAAUCGAGGAAUUUCCAUAUUUUGGUAGGUUGAAAACUGUAAAACAAGAAGUUAAAGAAGCAGUGUUUUCUUCAAAGGCAUACGGAACUCGUGAGUCAAAAAUCAUCAAUAUAGAUGGUCGCUUGCAACUUGAUCUACUGCAAUUCGUGCAGCGUGAAUACAAGUUGAGAUCCUACACUUUGAACGCAGUUUCUGCUCAUUUUCUUGGCGAGCAAAAGGAAGAUGUUCAUCACAGUAUUAUCAGCUCCCUUCAAAAUGGAGAUUCAGAAACUAGACGACGUUUAGCAGUUUACUGCCUGAAGGAUGCAUUCUUACCAUUACGACUAUUGGAAAAGCUCAUGGCUUUAGUUAACUACACCGAAAUGGCUCGUGUGACGGGUGUACCGUUCUCAUACUUACUGGCUCGUGGUCAACAAAUCAAGGUUGUGUCUCAAUUGUUUCGCAAGUGCCUGCAAAUUGACACGGUAAUUCCAAAUAUGCAGUCACAAGGUUCCGAUGAACAAUACGAGGGCGCUACAGUUAUCGAACCCAUUAGAGGCUACUACGAUGUACCAGUUGCAACUUUGGAUUUCAAUUCUCUUUACCCAAGUAUCAUGAUGGCCCACAAUCUUUGCUACACAACAUUGUGCGACAAAGCUACGGUCGAAAAGUUGAAUUUGGUGAAAGAUGAAGACUAUGUCCUAACUCCUAAUAAUGACUAUUUUGUCACUGCUAAACUACGCCGAGGCAUCCUGCCAGAAAUUCUGCAUGAACUGAUCACAGCUAGAAAAAGGGCGAAGAAGGACUUAGGUGCAGAGAAAGAUCCAUUUAAACGUGACGUUUUGAAUGGUAGACAGCUGGCAUUGAAGAUAUCUGCCAAUUCGGUGUAUGGUUUUACUGGUGCUACGGUUGGAAAGUUGCCGUGUCUCGCCAUUUCAUCCUCCGUAACGUCAUUCGGAAGAACGAUGAUUGAGAAGACAAAGCAAGCCGUGGAGGAAAAGUACUGCAUGAAAAAUGGCUACGAACAUGACGCAGUGGUGGUUUAUGGUGAUACUGAUUCCGUCAUGGUCAAAUUCGGUACUAAUGAUUUGAAAACUGCAAUGGACCUCGGCGCGGAGGCGGCAGAAUACGUAUCAGGACUUUUCAAAAACCCCAUAAACCUAGAGUUCGAAAAGGCUUAUUUUCCAUAUUUGCUCAUCAACAAGAAGCGAUACGCGGGUCUGUAUUGGACAAAACCAGAGAAAUAUGAUAAGCUAGACCAAAAAGGUCUUGCCUCGGUCCGUCGUGACUCUUGUCCCUUGGUUUCCAUAGUCAUGAACAAGGUGUUAAAAAAGAUUUUGAUUGACCGUAACGUUGACGACGCGCUGAACUUUGUCAAAGAGACUAUCGGUGACAUUCUCCAUAACAGGGCAGACAUUUCAAAGUUGAUCAUUUCCAAAACACUGGCUCCCAAUUACACUAAUCCACAACCGCACGCUGUACUAACGGAGCGUAUGAUAAAAAGAGACGGUGUUGGUCCAAACGUUGGUGACCGUGUCGAUUACGUUGUCAUCGGAGGAAACGAUAAGCUCUAUAACAGAGCGGAGGAUCCGCUUUAUGUUUUGGAGCACAAUAUUCAGAUUGAUUCCAAAUACUAUUUGACAAACCAAUUGCAAAACCCGAUUAUCAGCAUUAUUGCUCCGAUCAUUGGUGAGAAGCAAGCGAACUCUAUGUUCGUCGUGAAAUCGAUCAAGAUCAGUGCAGGAAGCACGAAAUCAGGUUUAAUGGGCUUUGUAAAAAAGGUUCAAACUUGCAAAGGUUGCAAGCGGCCACUGAGUAAAACUGAAGGUCCCCUGUGUCACAACUGUGUUAGCAGGUCGGGUGAAUUUUAUGUUCGUGCUCUAUUCGACGUACGAGAGCUUCAACAAAAGUUCGCACGACUAUGGACACAAUGUCAACGGUGCUCUGGUAGUUUGCACAAUGAGGUUUUAUGUUCGAACAAAAACUGCGACAUAUUUUACAUGAGGGUCAAGGCAAAGAAGGAAGUACAGGAAAAGGUCAUUGAAUUGAGCAAGUGGUAA